CAGUCAUGUCGUGCGACGUGUCUAGAGAAUGAGGGCUCACACAGCUCUCUGGAAUGUCGCGAUCUAGAGAUUGCGCAGUGCAUGCGCGUUGAAACAGUGAUGAGUAAAGCAAACACUGCCUUCCCCGUUGUUGACCCGAGGUCGUACCUUCCUACAUCACAGGGACAUCAGAACGCCUCGGUCACAACCUUCAUCUCGCCAUGUGUCGUCCCACCUCACUCCACGUCCUGUACGGUUGGAACCACGUAUAUGACUGAGCGUUGAAGUAAUCUGCUUAGUCCGUCAUUUUCCGAGUUAUUGAACGCCACAAAACAGUACUUCGCAGUAUCUUCUUUCCCUCACAUAGACUUGUCUACGACGUGGUCACAACAACAUCAAAAUGUGUAUCGCUAUUCUCACAACAGCCCAUCCGGACUAUCCAUUCAUAUUGCUCAACAACCGAGACGAGUAUCUACAUCGUCCAACAGCAGAGGCAACAUGGUGGCCAUCUCCAGACACCCAAGUCUUGGGCGGCUACGAUCUUCACCGUCCCGUUCAUGGCACCUGGCUGGGUGUGACCCGUCAAGGUCGAAUUGCAGUGUUGACCAACUACCGUGAAGAAGACGAAAAGAUCGUAGAAGGCGCGCGAAGUAGAGGGCUCAUUCCGAACGCUUGGUUAAAGUCCGACCCGGCGAAAGGGGAGAGUACAGAACAGUUUGCAAAACGAAUGAUAGAAGAAGAUGGUGUCGAGGGUGUUGGCGGGUUCUCUCUGUGCUACGGAUUCAUUCAAGAUGUUGUCAAAGAGGGAGAAAAGGGUCUUGCGAUCGUGAGCAACCGAACUCCAGACGUUCAUGGCGUGAUUCAUCUCUUGCAAAAGCCAGAUGAAACCCGGGCCCUCAGCAAUGCCGCUUACAACGACCGCACCUGGCCCAAAGUAAUCAAUGGAGAAGACUGGACGCGCGCUGCUAUCGCCAAGUCUGUCGCUGCCAACGAGUCCCAAGACCAGCUCAUCAACCGUCUUCUCGAUAUUCUGACCACGGACACCAUGCCCCGACAGAAAGAGAAUGAGGAGUGGGACAUGUACCUCAACCAACUGCGUUACAGCAUAUUUGUUCCAGCAAUUGGAAGAGACCAUCUUGAAGAGCACAAGAUGCCUGCGCCUGAGGUGGGCGAUGUGGUCAAAGCGAAAGCGCUGGAUGCUACAAGCGGGUGCUACGGUACCCAGAAAAAUAUUAUAGUGUUGUGUGAUCGAGAAGGGAAGGUGACUUAUUUUGAGAGAACGUUGUAUGAUGGUGAUGCGAAGCCGAUUGAAAAAGGAAAAGGGGACAGGAAAUUUGACUUCAAGAUCGAAGGGUGGUAAGACAAUGAGGGUUUGCAUACUGCCUACAGAUGAGAAGGAGCCAUCUCGUGUGUUGUUAUUGGUACCUUCCAUACCCACUAGUGUACUGCCUUUAUAACCAAAUCGUCCG